UGACAUCACCCACUGGCUCUUCUUGGUUAGAAUCGUCUGGGUUGUGCAAUUCAGCUUGAAUUGCACUGCUUAAACACAGAAAAAAGGAGGGAUAUUGUUUUAGUUAGACACCAGAACGAGUAGUUUUAUAAACAGAAACUCCAUGGUUUCUCGGUCUAUCUCUGACGAACAGGGAGGUUUACACAUGUAAUUGUACGUCAUAGGAAUAAACUGCUUUUUUAAGGACUGUAUUUAUUUUAUGGACGCUUGUGUGAGGAUAAGGGAAUAAGAUAUUAUCAUGUAAAUAAAACUGCUGUGGUCGGUAUAUUCAAAUCAAACACAAUAGAAUGAAUUAAUGCAGGCUUCACAGUCUGACAUUUGGAAUAAACGAGUAAGCUGGUCGGUUUGUAAACAAGCUGUCAGUUAAAAUACCGUUCACAGUUCAUUCAUUAGCAAACGGUGGUUUUCCUACAAGCAGCGUUGACUUUUCUAAAAAAAAAAAAAAAAAAAAAAAAAAAAAAAAAAGCUAUAUAUCUAUAUAUUUCAGACGUAGUAAGAUACAUGACCGGCUUAUGUGAAAUCGUCAAGAUUUGGUGCUGAUCGUUCAAACUGAUAUAUGGGGUAUUUAUUCAAACAGCCCAUAUGUGUGGAUAUUUCUAUUUCAUCUGCCUGCUAACUCGCUGAAAAAGGCCGAGAGUGGAUUUUAAACGGAGUGAGAUACGCAGCUUUUAUAUAUAUAUAUAUAUAUAUAUAUAUAUAUAUAUAUAUAUAUAUAUAUAUAUAUAUAUAUACACACACAGCUCUCAGGACCCACAGAUCAAACACGGAUUUAGUUAACACAUCCUGUUUGAAUUCACCAAUGUUUUUAUUUUCCGAAUGAUGGUAUUACUAUCGGUCCCGACAUUGUGAUGCACUGAAUAAUUCAAUGCGAGUGCACGCAGAGGAGCUGUCUAGUCUGCGGUGGUGCUGAUGCGGCUUGACCAUGGCUGCAGGAAAGUUGCUCCUCUACUCUGGCCUUUCUCUCGCCCUCUGCGCAUUGGGCAUGCUCGCAGUGGCUAUCUGCUCCGAUCACUGGUACGAAACCGACGCCAAGAGAUACAGGGAAAGGUGCAAGAGCUUCAGCAGCAGGAGGAACGACCCGGGCUUUAUAUACAUCCCCAACAACAGCCUUCCACUGAGGGCUAGCAGAUCGAAACUGGGCAGCUGGGAAGAAAAGUUGCUGUUGGCGAGAAAUCGGAGGCAGCUUUUUGCCAUGAGCGCAGCAGACGAGUGUAGCAGGCAAUAUAACUCCACCAACAUGGGGCUCUGGACCAAAUGCCAUCGACUAGGGUUCGACCAGGAUAUGGAGGACCUAAUUGCCAAAGGUUCCAUCGAGAGAUGCUCUUACAUGAAGUACCACUACUCUUCCGCUGCAAUCCCCAAAAACCUCUCCUACAACAUCACCAAGACUAUUCGACAGGACGAGUGGCACUCUUUGCACCUGCGCCGGAUGACGGCUGGGUUCAUGGGCAUGGCGGUUGCCAUUAUUCUCUUUGGCUGGAUUGUCGGGGUGCUGGGGUGCUGCUGGGACCAGGGACUCAUGCAAUAUGUGGCAGGCCUGCUUUUCCUCAUGGGAGGCACUUUCUGCAUCAUAUCUCUCUGUACCUGUGUGGCUGGAAUCAACUUUGAGCUCUCCCGGUACCCUCGCUAUCUUUAUGGGUUGCCUGAUGACAUCAGCCAUGGUUACGGCUGGUCCAUGUUCUGUGCCUGGGGUGGCCUGGGGCUUACCCUCAUUGCCGGCUUCUUCUGCACACUGGCCCCCUCUGUCCAGCCCCUGCCCCGCUCUACCUGCCCUAAAUCCAGGCCAGAGAAUGGCACUGUCUGCUAAAGACAUAGAUCUAACAAAACCACCAACACCACAACCACCCUCUCCAAGCAGAGAGGCAUCUGUUCUGGUUACCAGAAGGCCCUUUCAUUCCUUAUUUUAAGGGCCCCACUCAAGAACAAGAUGGAAGUCUCACCUCUGACCUUUCCUGGCUAUAUAUUAUAAAUUUAUAAAUAUAUACCUUUUUUUUUUUUUUUUUUUU